GCGGUUCUUCAGUAAGAGCGGUUCUUCAGUAAGAGUGGUUCUUCAGAAGGAGUGGUUCUUCAGAAGGAGCGGUUCUUCAGAAGGAGUGGUUCUCCAGAAGGAUUAUCAGCAGGUGCUGAGGAAGGCCUGAGAGAGCAGCAUGUACAGAGCCGACAGCAGCGAAGCUCCUCAGCAGGUCUGCGUGGGCGGAGGAGUAUCCAGAGGAGCCAGCCGCAGGAAACGGACCAGCUUCUCUAAAGAACACGUGGAGCUUCUGCGAGCCACGUUUGAGUCGGACCCUUACCCAGGAAUCAGCCUGAGAGAGAGCCUCUCGCAGACCACUGGCCUGCCCGAGUCUCGCAUACAGGUUUGGUUCCAGAACAGAAGAGCUAGAACGUUAAAGUGUAAGAGCGGUAAAAAAUCUCUGUGGCAGACGGACGCUGUUUCACGGUCUUACGGAGGCACUCGGAGUCUGUCGGCUCAACCAUGUGUGACCAGUAAAGAGGUCAGCACGUCCACUCUACCCUCGCCACCUCCACUACCGCUCACGUACCCCGGCCCGAUUAAAGAGGAGACGAAGGAGGACUGUGACUACACGCGCUGUUCUCCACCCUCCUCCAGUGUCUGUGAUGAUUCAGGCUACGGAGCUCCGUACGGUCACCAGCUCAGGUCCAUCAACCCCCGCUGCAGCCCCUCGCUCGUCACCUCUGAACAGGUGACCCCAAACUGGGCUCACAGAUUUCUGUCCUUCAGCUCCAGCUCCGGUCAGGCCUUCUACUGCCCCCCACCCUCCGCUCUUCAGCCCCUGGAUUCAUGCUGCUGGGACGAGGGUCAGGACCGUUCUCCACCGGCCUCCGGCCCCUUCUGUCGUCAGAGACCCAAAGCGGCCGGAGCCGAAGACCAGCAGGAGAGAAGUGCCUAUCAUGGCCCGGUUCCUGAGCUGCCUGCGCUCUCCCUGCAGGAGAUCCUGGGGGAGCUUCAGGGAGGAGACUGGUGGGACGGAGACCACCCUGCUGAGACCAAACCGACGUACUGCUGAAGACGAUUUAACCCUCUGCAAAGAUGCACAAAACAUUGAGUCUACAUGGACAGA